GGAUUUGAGAAUGAUUAGUGAAGAUGAGGCGAGUUUGACAACGAGCAUUGAAAUUGUGGUGACCAGAGGUAUUACGUGUGGAGAGGAAGAGGAAAAGUUGAGGAAAUUGGGAGAGAAGAAGAUGAUGAAGAGGCUUUAUACUCUGCAAGAUUUAGCCGAUGGUUUAAUGGCAUUGGCUGAUAUUCGAGACGGGAAGGGACGGCUUUCAGGGCCACUUUUGGUAUCGUCGGCGAUUAUUAGUACUCACAAGAAUUGGGUUCUCUUGUUUUCACAUGUCUCAUGA